UUUUUAUUCAUGCAUUAAAUUAUUGCUUCAUCAUUAAUGCUGUAAACAUAAGAUAAACGUUAGAUUAUAUUGCUGAUCCAAGUGAGACAUGUUCAUGAGCACUAGGUGGCGCAGUGAGCUUAUAGUCUGCAUUUUAUAUCAGCCGUUUGUCUUGAAACAGAUCAGACGAUUUGAGCUGCAGCUCCAUGCAGAUCAGAGCUCGAUCACGAUCAUGAUGGUUUUUCGUGGAUUAUACUGGACUCUGUGGAUGUUCUCAUGUAUUGAAAAUAUACAUAAUAGGCUUAUUGUUCCAGAGCAAUCAUUAACAGAGGAUGAGUCAUCUGUUAACACCAUCUCUUUACCACAUGCUGUACAAGUUCAAGGUAAAGAUCAUCAGUGGCCUGAGCUGAUUAAUGGAGCAGUAGGAGGAAGCGUAAAGUUCACCCCUAAUAAUCCACCAUCAACUGCGAUUGAUAUAAUCAACUGGCAAUUUGGAACAACUAUUAUAUUGACUGGAAAUCCUGAUUCACCAUUUGUUGCCUCAGCAUAUAGAGACAGAGUCAGUUUUGACAAAAACACUCUCGCUCUGGAGCUGCGGAACCUAAAACUAGAGGAUUCUGGAUCAUACAGUCUGACUGUGGUCCCUAGUAGUGGAGAUCAAGUUAGAGGAGAAACUGCACUACAGGUGUUUGAAAAAAUAAAUAAUAGGCUUAUUGUUCCAGAGCAAUCAUUAGCAGAGGAUGAGUCAUCUGUUAACACCAUCUCUUUACCACAUCCUGUACAAGUUCAAGGACAAAAUGUAGAUCGAGAUCUUCAGAUUCCUGAGCUGACUAAUGAAGUAGUAGGAGGAAGCGUGAAGUUCAUCCCUAAUAACCCACCAUCAACAGCAAUUAAAGUAGUUCAAUGGAAAUUUGGAACAACUGGUAUACUGACAGGACCACCUGAUUCACCGUUAAUAGUCUCAACAUACAGAAACAGAAUCAGUUUUGACAAAAACACUCUCUCUUUGGAGCUCCGGAACCUGAAACUGGAGGACUCUGGAUCAUACAGUCUGAUUGCUCUUGAUAGUGGUGCAAAUCAACUUAGAGGAGAAACUUCACUACAGGUGUUUGGUGCGUGUUUUGCCACAAAUUGCUAUGAUUGACCAUCUUAGGCUGUGAAUGUGGGAAAUAAAUAAAUUAUAGUUUACAAUUUUCCAUUAAAAGUGUGAUGCUGUGUAAAGGUAAAAGACAGUGAGAGUUUUGGUCAAAUUAGUUAUUUAUAUUUUUAUUUUCACUAAUCUAUGAAUAUUGUCUUGAAACUAGCAUUAAAACACACAAAACAAGCUUUAACAUAAAAUAAACAAAUGUUUUCAAUGAGAAAUCAAAUUAACAUGCAGAUGGUCAAAGGCAGGCAGCAAACAGAGGUGCUGAGUCUUGUUAUCUGCUACAGUGACACUACAACACAUUUUUUUUUGUCUGCCUUUGGCGUGUUUUUGAUUUGCUGCCUGCCUCUAACCAUCUGCCUGUUAAUUUGACUUCGACUCUGGAUUGCCCUCAUACAUCUGUUUUCCCCUGUAUUGACCACUGCUUUCCUGACUAUCCGAAUAAACCUGCAUGUGGAUCCUCACCUCUGUCGUCGGUGUCAUCCCAUGGUUACAGAAGACUCAGGUGGUGCGAGUGUAAUCAUUCAGAAUCUAUAGCAUGUGUGUGAACAAAGUGCAUGUAUGAAGUUGUAUUCCAUGAAUUGACGGAUUUGU